AAAACAACCGGAGACUGAACAGUUUCGGGCAGCUUCCACUUUCUGACCAGUUGAACGGAAUCACGUUUUUAGCUGAAACGGCAAAAGUGUGGAACGCUUUAACUAGGCCAAAUGAUUCACGUAAUGGUUGCUUGUUAGGGGAAUGAAGCAUGAAUGUGGCCCGGGGCGAAUAAAAGAGAUUUUUAACAAAACAAUAAUAUCAAUAAUUAAGGACUUUUAUGCACUGGGGGCCCCAAGGUGCCACAAUUCAAUAAAUAAGACUGUGCUUCUAAUAAAUUUUGUAACUGUAAGAAAAUACAAAUAAUUUAAUAAAUGGACAGUUAAUUUAUAUGUAUUAAAGAUAUGUGGAAAUACAAAACUUAUUAAAAAAAACACAUGACGGUGCAUUGACUAUUUACUUCGGAUGAAGUAUGUUGGGGCCUGUAACCGCUUAGAUGUUCAGCACAUCCAUGCAUCAUCUUUUUAUUGGCGAUGCUGCGCCUGUAUGUCGAUGUUUACGUCCCGAAAUUUCGCGCAUGCGCAAAAUACUGGAGGUUAUGCUCUGGAGACCUGGAGACCUAGGUCCUUUAAAUCCAUCAAGACAAAACCAGUUUGCAAGGAUUUGAAACGGACAAGUUCAGAGACUGGUCUUCUCCAGGUGUUCCAGUCAAAGACAUCCGCACAAUAUGAGAGUUACAGCUUCAGAAGUUUUCCCAAAGAAGAACUCCUUCCUCUCACUGCAGCCUACGGACUGGCGCUGGACAGCUACGCUGCAGGAAACUGGACCCAAUCCAUCCAGUACUUGGAGCUGAGUUUGCGUUUGCACCGACUUCUCAGGGAAAGCGCGCGGUUCUGCUCGGUCCAGUGUAACCGCAGCAGUCACGAGGAGCCGCUUUCUCCCGCAGCAGCCCUGGAUCUAAGCGUCUGCUGGCGCGUCCUGAGGACGGCGUCCUGUCAGAAGAAGUGCAGGGCGCAUUUCCCGGUCCUGCAGCUGCCGCCUCCCGGCCCCGAGAUCCUGGAGGAGUUCAGCAAACGAUCCCCGUACCGAUAUCUGCACUUUGCUCACGCUAAGCUGGACGACCUGCAGCGGGCCGUCCCGUGCGCCUACACCUUCCUGCAGAGGAACCCCGGGGACCAGGAGAUGCUGCAGCUGAUGGAGGAGUACAAGAACGAGUACGACCUCGACGGCUUCCUCAUCGACCACGAACAACGACUUUAUGAGCCAUCCUUUGUUAGCGGCGUGAAGCUUGUCGACUUGGGGGAGUACAGCGGCGGUUCUGAGCGCCUGGAGGAAGCGCUGAGGCUCUACCUGCAGGAGUACGACCUCUGUCAGGCCGAAUGUGACGGGAUCGGCCAUUUUUCUUCACACACAGACUUCUACGCUCUAUUAGCUGAAGUCUACUUUGACAUGUUAAAAUGCAGGAUAAAGUGUGAGGAAAACCUAAAGCCCAACGUUGGCGGCUACUUUGUGGAGAACUUCGUUCCCACUAUUUACCACUACCUCCAGUACGCCUAUUACAAACUGAACGACGGCCGCAGAGCCGUGCCUUGUGCGUACAGCUACUUCCUGUUCCAGCCAGAAGACCCGGUGAUGAAGGACAACCUGCUGUACUAUGAGGCCUACAGCCCACAGUGGGGCCUGCAGUUCCAUCACUUCACACCCAGAACAGAAGCUCUUCGAUACCACAACCAGACCGUCACUCAAAAACAGAUGUUGACGUUUCUAAUAAAGUACUUGGAGACGAAUGAUGAGGGUUUUAGUGGACCAGAAGAAAAUCCACUUUUGUCCUCCGAGUCUCCCGAUGCCGAGUUUGAAGGUGUGGGAGAUUAUGAAGAGUCCAUGUUUGCAAAAUGGAGGCAAAAGAAAGGAAAAGGAGAUGCAGGAGAAGCCGACAUCUGAACUCAACCAUUUACAGCUUCAGCUCUGCUGUCUUUAGGAAUGGUAUACUUAAAUGUAUUUAAAAUAGUACCAUUAUAAUAAUUUUAAGCAUAGUUAUGCCAUGAAGUUUUUUUUUUACCCUCUGUUUAACAAAACAGCAACAAUUUGCUUUUCACCUUAUUUGUUUUAGUUGAAACCUGUUCGAUAAUGUCACAUUAAAUGUCCAAAGAGUUUGAAAUGAUUCAUCAGGCUUUUCUUUUAAAUCACAAAAAACAAAGUAUUUUGCUUUUAAUCUUGUUAAUAGUAACUUUUAAAUUUGCUCUGUUCAGCUAAAUAAUAAAGCACCUUU